AUGAGUAAUCGUAGCGUGAACAGGGAUGGCACCGAUCCGAAACUAAACAUCAGGUUCUCAGUACCUCAACGGAUAAAUGUAACUCAACCGACAACAUCAUCACCGCUACAUAUGCCCGUAUCAAGAUCAGCGAGGAAACCCCUUGUGAGGACUAAGAUAAAAUUGGAUCCCGGACACAGUGCCCUGGACUGGCAUUCACUGACCUCCGACCCAGAAAAUUAUCAUUCCAAGUUCAUUUCGCUACAGCUUAUUCAGGGCUUACUCGAUGAUCCCAUCUUCCAAAGAGAUAAUUCCAAGUUUCCACCGUCUCAGUUGAGGGCGCAACUACUACUCCAGAAGAUUCCUCUAUAUAAAAUGAUGCCACCAUUGAGGAUAAACAGAGAAAUCGUUAAUAGACAUUGCCAAGGUGAGGAUGAAUUUUGGUGUGUUAUAAAUGGCAAAGUGUAUGAUAUUUCCGGCUAUUUGAAGUUCCAUCCAGGUGGACCGAAAAUCUUAUUAAGGCACCGUGAUAGCGAUGACUUGAUUACAUUAUUUAAUAAGUAUCACCAGUGGGUGAAUUAUGAAAAACUAUUACAAGUUUGCUUCAUUGGUCUUGUAUGCGAAUGA